AUGGGGAAAAAGCCUCGGGAUACGAAUGCCGGAUCCGUACAAUGGCAUUUGGCGCAUUCGAAACCUGUACCUCCGACCCUUCGCGAUUGGCCAAAUGGAAUAAUCACGGAUUGCAAAAGAUUUGAGCGUUUCGAGGCAUUUAUUCGACGUUUGAAUAAGGCAGCGAACGGUCAUCAACAUGAGCCACUUCGACUUCUCCUCGGCAAUCCUGAUUAUAUUUCAGCGGUGCUCAUCGUCCUUUGUUGUUGCUAUGGCUGCUUCCGCUGUUGCUGCCUUCGUAGAAUAGUCCUUGUGGGUGGAGGAGGCAAUGCGCAGACCCACACCGAGGUCCACUUCAGCGGCCCGGCCAUGCCAAUGCCGAUGCCGCAGGUCUCAUCAGGCCCAUCGCCCUACAUGGGAUCCGCGCCUGCCUACUCCCCAGUGUAAUGAUUGUGGUGGAAAAGCCCGAUGGCUGCGAAAUACGAGUGAAUAUACAUAGAGU